AGAGUGACCUCCCCUCAUAGUGUGGCUUCCUCUACAGAUGAUGGUGUGUCUAUAGAUAAACAUCUGGAUACUUUAAAAACUAUGGCUGAUCAGGAGGAUUCUGACAGUGAUACAGUAGGCCCAGUACGUAGAAUAAACUCCGCUGCUGGUUUAAAUGAGACAGAAAAUAAACAGGAAGGACAACAAUCAUUUGAUCCCUACAGAAUGUUGGAGCGCUCUCAAUCUGAGGCUGUCCUUAUCCAUAAUGUUGAAAAUCCUUCUGUGGAUGUUAUGAGUCUGGAAUCCACCCAGUCUUCAGAAGAAGUUGGAUGUGAAGGUGCAAUGUCCAGUCACCACAAUAUCUCUGAAUGUUCCAAAGUUUAUUUCGAUUUGUCCAAGGCAGAGGCAUAUGAGAAUCUGUGCGACCGGACUCCAAAUUUACUAACAAGGACAUCUUCAGGGCGACAUCUUGAAACAAUCCCCCAGGAAGACGAAACAGAUGAAUGCGGAAAGUUUAGCCUUAGUGAGAGGUCAAUAUCAAUGGAAAGCACGUCCAGUGAAGACAGAAGUCCCCGAGGUUCUCAUAUCAGUCUUAAAUCUGUUCGAGAGGAUAAGGCAUUUAUUACCACAGGCAUGGCUCGAAAGGUCAUGAAGGUCAAUAAAUCCCAGGAACAUUUGAGUAAGAUUUCGAAGAGCAGCUGGAAAGCAAGCUUCCAGUCAUACGCACAAAACUUACGACAAAAAACGAAACAGUUACAGAUGGGUUCUAUCCAGGAACAGAUUCAUGCUCUCAGAGAGUUAUGUGUCAUGAUGGAACAAGUCUGGUCAAUUCCUACCUAUGGCAGAGAUUUGGCGUACGGUUUGUGUGACAUCAUCAAGUCCGAGAAACUACUGGACAUUAUCAUCAAGAACUGUCAGUCCCAGUCCAGGGAUCUGUUGAGAUCGUCUGCACGACUUUUGGAGAAAGUUCUAACCACAGGUAACCGGCACAAGGUGGCUGAUAUUGGUCUUGAUAUCGUUGUCAAGAUGACAAUUGAUGUUAAAGGAGAUACUGAAAUGGCAAGAGUAUCGACAGGAAUACUGGAGAGCCUGUUUAAGACGUCUGAAGAUGCAAGUUCUCGCUUGAUUAAGCUUGGAGGAUUGGAUGUUGUUCUUUACUGGUGUCGCUGUAAUGACCGACUUACUCUAAGACACUGCGCCAUUGCCCUCGCAAACCUGGCACUGUACGGUGGCCCCGAGAACCAGGAAAUCAUGGCAAAGAACAAAGUGCCCGAAUGGCUGUUCCCGCUGGCGUUUAAUGACGACGACAGUGUACGAUAUUACGCAUGCCUGGCCAUAUCUGUAUUGGUAGCAAAUAAAGAAAUUGAGGCUGAUGUACUGAAUUCUGGCACAUUGGAGCUUGUUCUCCCUUUCAUCAACAGCCACAAUCCCGGGGAAUUUGCUCGCAUGGAUCUGUCACAUCGUCAUGGCCGAUCUCGAGGAUGGCUGAAGCGAUUGGCAGGUCUUCUGUCAAGCAAGAGGGAGGAAGCGCAGGCCUUGGCGGCAUUCCAUUUCGCUAUGGAAGCUGGCAUUAAGAGUGAACAAGAUAAGAAAGAGGUUUUCUAUGAAAUUGAAGCUAUAGAGCCUCUGAGAAAAUUAGCAGGAAGUCCAAACGCAACAGUUUCUAAGCUUGCUGGCGAGGCUUUAAAGAUUAUAGGCGAAGAGUUACCACACAAACUCACACAACAAGUGCCACUGUGGACCGUGGCAGAUGUUUCAGCCUGGGUGGCUCAGGUUGGGUUUAAGGAUAUGACUGCUGACUUCGAACGAUGUAAAGUUGAUGGAGAUCUGUUGUUGACGAUGACUAAAGAAGACCUAGCGGACAGCAUUGGAAUGACAUGUAAAAUUACACAGAAAAGGUUCCUUCGGGAGUUGACGCACUUGAAGACGACAGCUGACUAUAAGUCAUGUGACCAGGGUGGGCUUGAUGAUUGGUUGUCGGAAAUGAAUCAGGAUUAUCGCCAGUACAUGUACCAGAUGAUGAAGUCAGGGCUAGACAAACACUAUCUCUCCCAUGUGUGUGACGAUGAACUGAUGCGAGACUGUGGUAUUAACAACGGAAUUCAUCGUAAACGUAUCAUGCAGAAAAUCGCAGCCAUGAAGGAGCUUCAAAUGUUCAGUGACCAGUGUAGUGUAGAUUCCGCCGACGGUAGCCUCUUGUCUCGAUCCAUGGAUGUCUUCAUUAGUUAUCGCCGUGCCAACGGAUCUCAGCUGGCAAGCCUCUUGAAGGUUCACCUACAGCUACGAGGGUUUUCUGUUUUUCUGGACAUAGAAAAAUUGCGAGCUGGAAAGUUUGAUGAAGGACUUCUUAGCAGUGUUAAAAUGGCCAAACAUUUCAUCAUUGUCCUGACCCCGAACUCCCUGGACAGGUGUAUCGGUGACAACAACCAGAAGGAUUGGGUACACAAGGAGAUUGUGGCCGCCAUUAACAGUGGAUGUAAUAUAAUCCCACUGAUGGACAACUUUACGUUCCCGCCAGCAGACAUGCUUCCAGAGGACAUGAGACAGAUUGUAUUCUUUAAUGGAAUAAGAUGGAUACAUGACUACCAGGAUGCAUGUGUGGAGAAAUUGGAGAAGUUUCUCCGCGGUGAAGUCAACACAUCCAGCAAAAGGGCUGCCUUGUUCCAGAUGGGGUCUUCGACAGAGGGUCCUGUGAAGGGGCCCUGUAAAUACAGUUCCAGUGAGAGCACCAGCCCUACUAGUCCUCUAUAGUACCUAGCAUCUAUGUCGCCCACUGAUCUAGUCCUCUAUUUCCAAAGCAAUCGUCUUGAAGAUGGAUCUCACCAAGUCAGCUGAUCUUGUAUUUCACACCUCUUCCCACACACUUAUCAAAUGAUAAAUGACCUUCACCUCUAAAACAGGAAAUUGGUGUUGAAAUCUUGCUAAGUAUUUCUUGUUUGGCUAAAAUGCUAUCUUGAGAUUUCAAAACAGCUUGCUUGACAUGAAAUCAUGCCAUUUUGUGACAAGAUCUUAAUGCAAUCUUGAGCUUUUAAAACAGCUCACUUGCCAGCUGUUUUGUAAUUGGCUUAUAUUAUGACCUUUCAACUUUUAAAGAAAAGCCCUAUAACAUAACCUUGAUAUUUCAACAUAUUUUGGCUUUUAAGGAAACACAUGCUUAAAACCUUUGAUUAGCUGAUAAUACCAUCAUUAUAUCUAAAAAUAUUUUCAUUUUAUAAGCUAAAUGAUGAAUGGCUAAUUUUUGUCAUCUUCAUUUAAAAUAACUUCGCUAUCAUUUUUACAAGACUGAAAAUAUUUUUCAUAAAAUGAAAUUUUGGCAAGAUGUGAAAUCAGUGUUAUCAGUAUGUUCCAGUUGAUUUAUCUUAAAUCGACAUAAAUAUCUUCUCAAAAAAAAACAGAUAGGUAGAUUCAAAAUAAGUCUUAGUGAUGGCGAUCAACUUUUUUUGGAGUAUGAUUUAAUUUCAAGUAGUUUGUAAGUAGAAAAAAUCAGAAAAGUCUACAGCAAAGAACUUGUGAGUUAGAAAUCAGAAAAGUUUACAGCAAAGUACUUGUUGUGAGUUAGAAAUCAGAAAAGUUUACAGCAAAGUACUUGUUGUGAGGUAGAAAUCAGAAAAGUU